CGCAAGGGGCUUACUUCAUAGGUAGGCCGCGGCAUAAAUAGGUGCAAGUAACUUCACCAUCAUCACCAAUUCUGUGACUUUGCAAUUACUUACUUCUCUACAUUCCACUGAUACAUAUUCUGUUCAAGUAUAUUCUAUAACCCCAAACACACACACACACACACACACACACACCCAAUCAACCACCACCAUGGCCUCCAACACCAACACCAACACAACCACCCUCUACGACCUCGUAAUCCCCACGUACACCAGCGGCCUGCAAACCCUCUCGCACAUCCUCACCACCGCCUCCACCCACUCCUCCAACCUCAACCUCCCCACCGCCCGCCUGGUCCCCGACCAGCUCCCCCUGACCUUCCAGAUCCACAACGCGACCAAGCACGUGCACCUGAGCGUGAGCCGGCUCACCGGCGACGCGGCGGGCGUCGCCAACCCCCCCUCGUACGACGCGACGGAGGACUCGUUCGCGCAGCUGCUGGCGCGCGUGGACAGGGCGCUGGAGGCGCUCAAGAGCGUGGAUAAGGGGAGGGCCGGGGGGUUCGAGGGCGCGGAGACGGAGAUAGCCUGGAAGAACGAAACCCACAAGAUCUCCGUGCGCCAGGCGAUCCUCGAACACAACGUCCCCAACUUCUACUUCCACCUCGUCACGGCCUACUCCAUCCUCCGCGCCCAGGGGGUCCCGCUCGGCAAGGCCGAUUAUCUCGCGGCUUUCCUGCAUUUGUGAUUGGAGAGUAUUCGUACCUACCUACUAGGUACCUAACCUAUCGCGGUAACCUAUGUACUACAUAUGUAGGUAGCUAGGUAGCUAGGUAGACCUAUGGUUGAUCAAAGUACAAUACAUAGGUACCUAGUAACUAAAUUAAGAAUUAAAAAAAAAAGUACCUACUUGCCCAUAUUCGGGUGGCCUAACCAUGGAUGUAUCUUCCUAUCGGGGUCUAAGUACGUGGCCCGUGACUGCAAAACUCAC